GAGGAAGUGGACGCCGAUUCGAUUAUCAAAACUAUACUACGAACAGAAAGGCAAAUGUCUACCUUAUUUUUAUAUAAUAAAGACCCAUCAAUAUAUGAGCCUGUCUUCAAUACGAUUGACAAAAUCAAAGCCCUCCAUGGAAGAAAGCUUCCUCUACCUCUCCGCCCUAUGCUUCAUCCUCCUCCUCUUCCUACCGAAGUUCUUGAAAUCAAGCCGUAAGCUGGCCAAGAACCCGGCCCCUGGGCCGCCUUCUUUGCCAUUCUUCGGCCACCUUCACCUCAUCAAGGAACCGGUACACCGAUCCCUUGAGAGGAUCUCCCGCCGCUACGGCCCCAUAAUCUCCCUCGCCUUUGGGUCUGUCCCCGUGGUGGUCGUCUCCUCGCCAUCAGCAGUCGAGGAAUGCUUUGGGAAGAACGACAUCGUAUUCGCGGACCGGCCCCGUCUUGAGGGCUGGAGGGAACUGAGCUACAACUUUACAACCAUGGGGUCUGCCCCAUACGGGCCCCACUGGCGUAACCUCCGCCGCAUAUCCACCCUCGAGAUCUUCUCUGCUAGUCGACUGAACUCAUUCCUUGGGAUCCGACUGGAGGAGGUGAGGUUCCUGGUGAGGAACCUGCAUCGGACGGUUACGGAACGUGGCGGUGUGGCGAGGGUGGAAAUGAGGUCGAGGCUGGAGGAGCUGGCGUUCAACGUCAUCAUGAGGAUGGUGUCGGGGAAGCGGUAUUUUGGGGCCGACAUCGACAACAUGGAUGAGGCGAAGAAGUUCAGGGAGAUCAUAAGGGAUGUGUUCGAGCUGAGCGGAGCCUCGGACCCAGGGGAUUUAGUGCCGAUGCUGCGGUGGGUGGGCCUAGCGGGGCAGCAGAAGAGGAAGGUCGAGACGAAGAAGAGGGCAGACGUGUUCUUGCAGGGAUUGAUCGAUGAGCAUAGGAACAGGACGGGGGAAAUUAAAAGGAACCAUACGAAGACGAUUAUUGAUUUGAUGCUGGACUUGCAGUCUUCAGAGCCCGAAAAUUACUCGGACGAUAUCAUCAAGGGCAUGAUUCUGACAUUGCUAGCUGCGGGAACUGACACGUCUUCGGUGACUAUAGAAUGGGCCAUGUCUCUGCUACUCAACAACCCCACCGCCCUCGAGAAGGCCAGGGCCGAAUUGGAUAACUGUGUUGGCCAAGAACGGUUGAUUGACGAGCACGACAUCCACCGCUUGCCCUACCUCCAUAACGUCAUCAACGAGACAUUCCGGCUGUGCCCGCCCGCACCUCUCCUAGUGCCACACUACUCAUCCAGUGACGCCAAGGUCCAAGGUUUCGAUGUACCCCGGGGCACGAUGUUGUUUGUCAAUGCAUGGGCCCUGCACAGGGAUCCGACGGUGUGGGAUGAUCCCACGAGUUUUAGGCCCGAGAGGUUCGAGGGGCUAGACCAAGCUAGCUAUGCGCAUAAACUGUUGCCGUUUGGGCUCGGGCGGAGGGGUUGCCCUGGAUCUGGGCUGGCUCACAAAGUGGUUGGCUUGGGCUUGGGAGCCUUAAUUCAGUGUUUCGAGUGGGAAAGAGUUGAGGAAGAAUUAGUUGACUUGAGUGAAGGGACUGGGCUUACUAUGCCCAAAGCUCAACCCUUAGAAGCCCUUUGUAGAAGUAGAAACUCCAAGAUGACUGACGUCAUAUCUCACCUCUAAUUUUUUGCUUAUAAUUAUAUGUUUCAUACUUCUUUAAAAAUUGUCUGCAUGUUGUUGUUUUUGCUUUAUACUCAAAUGAAAGAAAAUUCCUCGUAUUGUAACUGCAA